UUCACUGGUGUCAUAACAGAAUCCCACUUUCUGAACCUCUCUCGUUUACAGAUUUUGGAGCUUUCUGGUAAUCGUUUCUCUAUCAACCUGAGCUCUGAUUGGAAUCCACCAUUUCAACUUGGUUUGUUAGGCAUGUCCUCUUGCAAGGUGGGCCCAGCUUUUCCCAAGUGGAUUCUAACGCAGACAAAUCUUACUCUGCUUUAUCUCUCUAAUGCUGGACUAUCAGGAUCAUUACCUAAUAAGUUUUGGGAUCUAUUUUCCGGCUUAUCUGAUUUAGAUCUCUCUAUGAACCAAAUCCAUGGAAAACUGCCGAAUCUGUCAUUGACAAGCUUGAGUUAUGUUAACUUGUCUUCUAAUCUAUUUUCUGGCGCAGUGCCAUCAUUUUCUCCUAUGCUAGGAGAGAUGUAUCUCUCGAAUAAUAGGUUUUCAGGACCUUUGUCUUCCUUAUGUGCAACGCAGUCUCCAAAUUUAAGGUCUGCUGACAUUUCUGAGAACCUAUUGUCUGGGGAGCUUCCUAAUUGUUGGAUGCAAUUUCAAGAAUUGCAAGUGUUGAAUUUGGGAAAGAAUAAAUUAUCUGGAAAAAUACCAAGCUCGUUAGGCAAUCUACAGGGAAUUGUGAUAUUGCGUUUACAUGAUAACAACUUUUCAGGUGAAUUGCCUUCUUUAGAGAACUGUACCAGAUUAUCGAUAGUUGACCUUGGCAACAAUAACUUGUCGGGAAAGAUACCAACAUGGAUUGGCCAAAGCCUACCAAAGUUGGUGAUUCUACGCUUACAGUCUAAUGAGUUCAAUGGAAUCAUACCCUUGUCCUUGUGCACUCUAGCUGCCAUUCAUGUAUUGGACCUCUCUCACAACAACAUUUCCGGAGGCUUGCCGCAUUGCUUCAAUAACAUCAGCCAAAGCGCUAAUAAUCAUCAUAUCCAUUAUCCUUCUUUCACUAAUGUGUUAGUUAAUUCAGAACUCAUGUGGAAGGGAAUAGAAAGAGAGUUUGGGAAAAAUCUUGCUGGUAUGAGAAGCAUUGACAUGUCAAGCAACUGUUUGAUGGGGGAAAUUCCUCAAAGUAUAGCAAAUAUGACAGAGUUGAAAUCACUGAAUCUGUCAAGAAACUAUUUGACAGGAAAGCUUCCCGAAAACUUUGGUAACAUGAAGAUGUUGGAAUCUCUUGAUUUGUCAAGAAACCAGAUAUCUGGUAAAAUUCCUACAAGUCUUGCAAGCUUAAACUUUCUUAGUGUCUUGGACUUAUCACACAACAACUUGUCAGGAAGAAUUCCGUCAGGCACCCAACUUCAGGGUUUUAAUGCUUCUGCAUAUAUGGGAAAUCUUGGACUUUGUGGACCACCGCUGACACCAAAUUGCCCACCAGAUGGAGCAACUCAAGCUGAUGAUAACAAAGAACAUGAUAAUGAUGGUCUCAUAAGCCUGGGAUUUUUUAUCAGUGCUGUGCUAGGAUUCGUCAUUGGAUUUUGGAUGGUCUGCGGCAGUCUACUGCUUAAGACUUCUUGGAGAUAUGCUUAUUUCAUAUUCCUGGACAAUGCAAAAGAUUGGAUUUAUGUCAAAACCGCUGUGUACAAGGCAAAAGUGCAAAGGAGACUUCAAAGAUAAAUGGAGAUUCUGGCAUUCGAGGAAAUGAGCCUAAUGAUCCCGGAAGUGGAAAGAUUCAAGGUUUAAUGUUGAAGGUUUUCAGAUGUCGUUGCUUUCUCUUUCAGCAAGAAAUAAUUAUUAUGCUUUUAUCUCUUAAGA